UGAGCCCCUCGCGCCAAACUUGAAAACCAGUAAUUUCUCUUAUUUCAUCCACAGCAUCAAAGCUCUUCUUCUCGCCGACUUUUGGGCCAGACGCUUCAAGCAAGAGCCUUCGUUUCAUUCCACACCAUAACGAGCCAUGGCAUCAUCCGCACCCUCGGCCAACGAUGAAUCUACCGCACAUAAGACGCUCUUUGAUAAGGGCCUGAAGAUCCGAUACGAAGUGGCCGGUACCGCCUAUGUCGACGCCGCUCUCGCUGGGGGCUCUUCCGAGUUCGCGAGGCCCAUGCAGGAGCUAGUCACAGAGGCCUGCUGGGGAUCCGUCUGGUCCCGCCCUGGUCUGGAAAGGAAGCAGCGCUCGCUGCUGAACAUUGCCAUGCUAUGCGCUUUGAACAGGGGGCCUGAGCUUGCGGCGCACGUCCGAGGCGCCAUCAACAACGGAGCGAGCGAGGUUGAGAUCAGGGAGACGAUCCUCCAGGCAGCCAUCUACUGCGGGAUGCCUGCAGGGAUCGAGGGCUUCAAGAUUGCCGAGAAGGUUAUACUAGGGAUCAAGGCGGAGAAGGAGAAGGGUCAGUAAGCCUAAGCGUCUGUGAGAUCACGUUUCGGCCGGUUCAACCAGCCGCGAAUUAGAUUCUAUAAUCUAUCAGGGUUCAACAUGCCUGCUUGGGUCUCAUUCCUACCUUUGUGACUCUAAUAUUAGUUUAUCAUCGAGCUUACCGUUCUGUUCGGCGCUCUUCUCCUGGGAGCGCCGGACGGCAUGUGACAAAAUAGACGGAGUAUGAGAAUGUUGAUCAAGUGUAAGCAUCACGAAAGAAAACAAAAGGACGCAC